UCGGUUAUCGUCCCCUCAAAAACGGCAAGAAGUCUUGGUGUCACUCUAGACGAAGAAUUGUCUUUCUCUCCACACAUCAGCGACCUCUCCAGGUCCUGCAGAUAUCUCCUUUACAACAUUAGGAGAAUCCGCCCCUUUCUCACUACAGAGGCUACUCAGCUUCUCGUCCAGACCUUGGUCAUCUCUAAGCUGGACUACUGCAACUCUCUGCUGUCUGGACUUUCACUAAAGGCAACACGACCACUUCAACUGAUCCAGAAUGCAGCUGCAAGACUCGUUUUUGAUAUUCCCAAAUUCUCGCACACUACACCUCUGCUGCAGAACCUGCACUGGCUCCCUGUGGCUGCCCGCAUCAGGUUCAAAACCCUAACACUUGCCUUUAAGGCCAAAACUGGGGCUGCACCACCUUACAUAUCAGCACUGGUCAAGCAGCGUGUCACUUCUCGCUGUCUCAGAACAUCAAGCACUGCAUGUCUCGAACCACCCUUACUUAAAAGAAGAGGACGACAUGCAUCAAGACUCUUUGCAGUGUUGGCUCCUCAGUGGUGGAACGAACUUCCUCUUGCUGUACGAACAGCGGAGACCCUCACUGUCUUCAAACGUCGCCUGAAGACACACUUCUUUCAACAG